UAGCAUUCAGCAGCGUGCUGAUGCGAGAUAAGGCGGCGUGAGGGUCGGGGAGCGGCGAGUCUAUGUUAUCGAUUGAAAGAGAAAGAUUCUUCCUUCCACAAACCUGUGGGUUCGUUGUCUAUGAGUUUAGAGAUUUCUUACGUUCAUUUGUAGGCAUGACAGUAAGGUAAAGCAAUGAUAGCACCAGAAAGAAGUUAUUAUGAUGAAGAAUAAAAUUGUUUGUUGUGAGUCAUUUUUUUAUUUCCUCAUGAAAAAAGUGCCAAACCGCCCGAUUACCCGGUACACAUUGAUGUUGGUGCUGUGUUUAUCUGCGGCUUCCGCGUGCAGCGUGAAGACAGUGACAGAUGAUAUCAAAAGGUUUUGGGGAGUACCCGACACCACAGCUACAGUUGGAAAAAUCUUCAAUUACACCAUCCCAGAUGAUGCGUUCUCAGGACAUAUUUCUCACUUGGAGGUGACUGAGGCCGGAGAGCAGACUCUACCAAGUUGGCUUUACUUUGACAAGUAUAAUGGCACAUUUCAAGGUGUCCCCUCCGAGGCUGACCUAGGACAAUAUUACAUCAGUGUUAAAGCAAUAGGUCCUUGCAGCGUUCAAGGCACAUUAUCAACUGAUCAAGACGUCUUCUCCAUUGAAGUGGUAGAAGAACACCCCUCCAUGACAGCAGCUGUUCCAUUGCCAGAUCUCACUACUGAAUCUCUCCAUUGUCCUUCUGGAGCUCCUGUCACCAUAACUUCACUGAUGCUUGAUGCUAACUUGGAAGAAAUUCCUCCCACCACAAGAGUUAUUUUGCUGUCAAAAAUGGCCACCUUUUUAGAUUUACCAAUAGAUUUACUAAAGCUGGCAUCACUAGGUACUGAUCAAAAGAUUCCCGAAGACUCUGCUGUAUUGGCAGGCGCAGGAACUCUAAAGAGACGUCAAGAAAUUGGAGUAAUGCUUCAAUGGCAGGUUGGCUGUUCAGGGGAAAUUCAUCAUGACCACAACAACAGAAUAUCUAAGCUUGAAAGAGCAGUAGAAGAUGGUGUUCUGGCAACACUUCUAGGUUUUCCCGUAAUUGGUUGGCAAGUAGUUGCCAACCAACCAAAAAUGACACGCAGAGAAAAACGACAAGUUGCAAUCCGAGGAACCCCAGUGUUAGAACCUACUCAACCAACUAGGUGGCAGGUAUUGCCAAAAUAUGUAGAAGAGGAAGAACUGACAAUAGAAACCGAAUUUCCACAAUCUAGAAUAAUCCCAACUAUGAUAUCACCCACCUACAACUCCCCUUCUCAUCACCACCGACACCAUCACGGUGAACAGUUGAUACAUAAAGAAAUUGUGAUCCCACCAACUAUUCAUUAUCAUAUGGCUCCUACUACUUGGCCAAGCUCACCCUUCCCCACUCCAGUAUACCAGCCUGAUAUACCCACCAUUUAUGUUCCUCCGUCACUCAUAGAGUCAUCAGAACCAAGUAGAAAUCUACCUGAAGAAUUAACUCCAGUUGGCCAUUUGUUAUCCUCCCUUACACAAGCAAAUAUUAUUAGUAAGCCCACGGAAGCAUUGCCGAUACCAUCAAGAACGUUUGCUCUUACAUCAUCAGUUGUGCCAUUUGACAUCAAGCCAACCACUACACAAAUGUCUGAAACAUCAAAAAUAAAAGUGAAUCACAAACCAACUAUAGAGAAGCGUGUAAAAAAGCUAUCUAUGGUAGCUGGCUCCAUAUGGAGCUACCAUAUCCCAGCUGAUACUUUUCUAGAUGUUGAAGAUGGCAAUACACGCCAUCUCAAGCUUAUCUUCAUGACUGGUGAAAGAACAGCAAUUCCAUCUAGCUCUUGGAUUCAAUUUGACCCUGCAAAUCAGACGCUGUAUGCUCUUCCUUUAAAAGACAAUAUUGGAAAGUAUGAAUUUAUUUUAGAGGCAAUGGACAGUGAAGGGAUGACAACACAUGACCGUCUAGAGAUUCACGUUAGGCAGCACCCUUCAGCUCGGGCUAUUCAUCACGAGUUCAGUAUGAUCCUAAAAUACAAAAAAUGGCAGUAUCGAUUGGCUAUUGAUUGGCAGAUUGAAGUAGUUCAAAGGUUGGCUAAAUUGUAUGGUGAUACACAUACCAGAAAUGUCAAUGUCCAGUCUAUCUCUUUGGAACCAGUAACAUUAACAUGGACAAACUUUACACUCCCUAAGUAUCCUUGCCCUCGUGAAAAUAUUACGGAGUUGAUGAACAAAAUUAUUGCAGAUGAUGAAGGUCAUCCUACAAAAGCACUUCGAAAGGAGAUGGGUGAUGACUUGGAUGUUCAGAAAGUAACAGUUAACUUCCUUGGGGUUUGCCAUCAUCCUAUAAGCUCUACCCCAACACAUAAAAACUUUGAACCCAUGUUACGUAAUCCUAUUGAACAAAUAAAUGGUACUGUUGGAGAAAUUUUGCGUUUCAGGGUGCCAGAUGACACAUUUUAUGAUUUUGAAGAUGGUAGUACUCGGUACUUAAAGCUGACUUUCCUCACCAUUGAUAAUAUUAACCCUCCCAAAUCUCUUUGGGUGCAGUUUGAUGCAAAGUCUCAGGAAUUAUAUGGCCUUCCCUUUGAUAAUGAUAUGGGCCGCCAUGAAUUUCAGAUGGUUGCCAUGGAUGAACAUGGAAAGGAAGUUAACGAUGCAUUUGUUAUUGUAAUACAUCAAAGACCACCUAGAAAACGAAGUGUUGAAUUCAGUUUGCAUAUCGAAUAUGAUUUUGAGAACUUUGACCACGACACGGGGAAAAAAGUAUUAGUAGCUUGGAAGCUGGCACGUCUUUUUGGAGACUCAGACCCUCGUUACAUCACAGUGACUUCCAUCAGCAAAGGUUCUGUUGUGUAUGCCUGGACAAAUAAUACUUUACCACACAAUCCAUGUCCAAAGAACACCAUCAGUAAUUUAGUAAAGUAUUUGUUCAAUGAGAAUGGCACAAUUUCCUCACGGCUCAUAAAUGCUAUGAAUCCAGAGUUUAGAAUCACAAAAGCUGAUGCCAUGCCACUUGGAAUAUGCCUGGGGGCAGUAACACCAACUUCUGUGACAGUUACACCAACACCAGAAGUUAAAGAAGCUGAGGCAACAGGCACUAGCAAUGAUGACAUUUACAUCACUACCAUCAUUCCGGCAGUUGUUAUAGCUGUAAUGCUAGUCAUUGCUGCCCUAGUGGCAUUUUUUCUCUAUCGCAAGAAGCGGAAAGGCAAGAUGACGAUGCAAGACAACAGCACUUUUAUCAGUAAAGGAAUUCCUAUUAUUUUUGCUGACGAGCUAGAAGAGAAACCAGAUCCAGCAAAGCCACCAGUCAUCAUGAAAAAUGAGAGACCACCUUUGGCACCACCUGACUAUCCACGAUCAUCAAGAGGAAGCAGCAGAGAUACCACUCCACAGACAGAGAGAAAAGAAACAGCUAAUCACAGUGUAGACCUGCAUCCUGACACCAUCUCCUCCCCUCCAUAUCAACCCCCUCCUCCUUUCACCACAAAUCGUGACAACAAAAACUUUAGACCUAAAACAACUCCUACCUUCAGGCAGCCUCCUCCUUAUGUACCUCCUUAAGUUAAUUUCUAGAGUUAUAGGGGGCGUAUUGUGCCUUCAUCAGAUAGAUCUUUCCUGCACUGUUGUCAUGUUUGAAUCCCAAGCUUUUACUUUGGUCACUAACUAGUACUCAAAAAUUGUUUCCUUAGUAGCUAAGUAUUUGUAUUUAUUGCUUAACUCGUAUCAUCUUUAUUGUUAAAACAAGAUUGUAGGAUACUGAAGAAUUCACUUUGUUGUGACUAAAAAUUUAAACUUGAUUCAUGUUUCAUUUAUCCGUACACUCUGAAAUAGGUAUUUUACAUGAUUUAAACAAAACAUCAUCGUAACUAAAUGUGAAACCAAGCGUCUGCAGAUACUCUGAUCUCAGUAUUUAUAAAAGAAAGGUAAUAAUUUUAUACCUCUAUGUGCUAAAUAAAUCAAAUUAUGUUUAUUAACUUAUUAAAUUUAGUAAAAACUAGGGGCUCGUGAUAUGAAUAAAAUUUGUUUUAACAUAUUAUAUACAUUUACGUCAUGUGACUUAUAAGGGAAAGCACUGAUCAUAUGAUUUAUUUAUUAUUAAUGCAGUAACUUUGCAUACAUAUUCUUAUCAUAGAUUAUGGCCUGGAUCAAAAUACAAGGUAAAUUUGCAUUAGUAUGCAAAUAGAAGUAUUCAUUUUGCAUCAUGGCUGAUCCAAGAUACUUGGACUUACAAUGAAGACUACGCAGAGGAUUAAUUUGCACGUUGAAUUUAAAAAAACAAAAACGGAUCAAUAUACAUGACUAAUAUAUUGCUUUAUGCUUACUAUUUUUAUGGUUGAUAAAACUGGCUUUACAUAAUGGCUGAGUCAAAAUAUAAUUUGUAGUUUCGUAAAAAUUCAAGCGUAAAUGUUGUGAGUUUUAUGUGGUUCAGUGGAAGUGUCAUUUAUACAUCCUUGUCUAUAACAAUACAUAUAACAUCUUGAUAUAUAUAUAAAUAAUUUGCAUAUUUAAAUACGUAGGAUGUAUAAAUAAAAGCAGGCUCCUCAGUUGUGGGUCUUAACCUUUACAGACUUCACUUAUUCUUUGCAAUGGAGAGUAAAAUUAUUUUUCACUGUCACUUUACUGAUCCUUCUCAUUUUAUAUCCACUACUGAUCCACUAACUUAUUAGUCAAUCCCUCCCUACUAUGAUUAUCAGCAUUACAAAUUCAACAUGAUACCGACGACUAUUAUUUUCUAACUAUUCCAUAAUUUUACAGUUAUUGACCUACUUAUUUGACAUGGUAUAGGAAUUAGUUGAUAUUGAUGGUAAAAGUUAAGAUACGCAUGUAAACGUCUAUGUAAAAAAAAAAAGAUAUAUUGUAUAGUUUGAUGAUUUUCAAAAAACAUAUAGAACAUUAUAAGUCUUAUUACUAAAUCUUUUGGAAAGUUCACAUGCUCAUAACAUUUUGUUUUAUUUCCAUUUUAAAUGUAAAUAGAGCUAGGAAGAAAAUGUCUUUUAUUACUGUCAUAAGAAAAUAUAAUACCCCAUCCUAAUUAUUAUAUAUGUGCUAUGCCGUAUAUAUAAAUAUAUAUAUGUUUUAAUCUUUAACAAUUAAAAGUAACUCAUCAUAAUUAUGUACCAGAUGUUAGUCGAUUGUGAAUAGUGAGUGCAAUUUUUUGUAUUAUAUAUUGUUGUGAAUGGAGAAUAUUCCUCGAACUUGCUGCUAUUCAGUCAAAUAAAUAUUUAUCGACAUUGUGCAAAA